AUGGCAUCUCCGGUGAAGGUAUACGGGCCACCAAUGUCGACAGCAGUGUCUAGAGUCCUGGUUACUCUGAUCGAGAAAGAUGUGCCCUUUGAGCUCGUUCCCAUUGACCUAUCCAAAGGGGAACACAAGAAUCCCGAAUACCUCAAGAUACAGCCCUUUGGCCAGGUACCAGCUUUCCAAGAUGAGAGCAUCACCCUCUUUGAGUCAAGAGCGAUAUGUAGGUACAUAUGUGACAAAUAUGCAGAGAAGGGAAACAAGGACUUAUAUGGUACAGACUUCUUAUCAAAAGCAAAUAUAGAUCAGUGGGUAGAAACUGAUGGGCAGACUUAUGGUCCUCCAAGUGGGGUUUUGAUGUAUCAGCUUCUAUUUGUUCCUAAGAAUGUCAAAGACGAAGGCUUGAUAAAGCAGAACGAGGAGAAGCUGGGGAAAGUGCUUGAUGUUUACGAGCAGAGGCUUGGAGAGAGUCGGUUCUUGGCUGGAGAUGAAUUUUCUUUUGCUGAUCUUUCUCACCUGCCUAAUGGAGAGUACUUGGUGAAUGCCACUGAUAAGGGACAUCUGUUUACUUCCCGGAAGAAUGUGAACAGGUGGUGGAAUGAGAUUUCGAACAGGGAAUCUUGGAAGAAGGUUCUUGAGAUGAGGAAAAAUGCUUGA